AAGCAGAGCGGAGGUAGCAACGGCCACUCGGGAGUACAUCCACCUCAAUCACCCUGAAAGGCUCGAGGAACGGGUGGUGACGUUCAUGAGGAAAAAGGGGUGGGCGUUGAUUUGGACGCCGCCCUACAUGCCGUCCUUUCAACCGAUCGAGCUUUUUUGGCAGCAUGGUAAGCAGUACGUCAGCCUUAACUUUGAGUUGAAGCGAAAGAUGCGGGAGGUGUGGGUGCAGAUUCGUAAAGGUUGGUACGGGGACAAGGAAUGGCCAGGCCAGGAGGGGGGGUGGAAGGCAGCCAAUUGUUCGAAGCUGGUUGACCACGCCAUUGGAGAGAUGAAUAAGUGGGUCAAGGACCGUGAUGGAGUGCUUUCUGGUACGAUAGGCAGCCUCGAAAAGCCGGACGGGUACGAUACAGAUGAUGUGUCGCCCGUGGGUGAUGUCGAGGAAGGGGUAGGGGAGCAGAUCCAGCAGGAAAGCGCAGAAUGGGGUGAUGGCAGCGACGAGGUUGAACCAUGAUGAGAUUUUUUUCAGCCUUGUGAUCAAUUGCUACACCCAUGCACUGGGUGUACCAUGUUCCAACAGCACACAUGUGUGAUUGCUGUGCGCGGGGGGUUGCGUCCCUGCUUCCAGCUGCUGCAGUUGUUGAAAAAAAAAAAUCAAAAAUAUUCAAUUG